AUGGGAAGAGAGACGAUUGUGAGGGCUAGCUGGAAGCCUCCACCUCAUGGUAUUGUGAAAAUAAAUGUGGAUGGGUCAUUCAUUUCGGGAACACACAGUGGUAGCACAGGUUUUGUGAUAAGGGACAAUUCGGGUUCAUUUUUGGCUUGUGGAGGGCAGGCGCAUAAGGCUGUGGUUUCUGCUGAGCAUGUUGAAGUUUUGGCAUGCAAACAGGCUAUUGUUUUUGCUAUUGCAAAUAAUUUUCAGCCAGCCAUAAUAGAGAGUGAUGCACAGGUGGUAUAUUUGCAGUUAAUAAACCACCAUCAAGCUAAUCUUUCUGUUUUGGGAAGACUUUAUGAUGAUAUUGGGAAUAUGAUUCAAGAUUACGGCUCUGUGAGGAUCAUGCAUACCAAAAGAUCUGUAAAUAGAGUGGCACAUCUGAUGGCAGGACACUCUAAAACUCUAGUUAGAGAAACUUUUUACUUUUCUGUUCCUCCUUUUCUUCAGACUGCAAUAGCAACUGAAACAUCUUCCAUGUAG